GUGAAACAGCGGUGCAAGCCAUAAAGCAAGAUGACGUCUCGAUUGGACCGACUGUUUGUGCUGCUGGAGGCCGGCGCGGGCGCAGCUACUCGACGUGCGGCGGCGCGCCAGCUCGGUGAAAUUCAAAAAGCUCACCCUGAGGAAUUGCACCGGUUGCUUGGAAGACUGAUGAAGCAUCUUCGAUCGCCUGCUUGGGAAACGAGGGUUGCAGCGUCACAGGCAGUAGAGGCUAUUCUAUCGAACGUUCCUGAAUGGCACCCUUCUCCGCUUACAGGAGCCAAAGAAGAAGCAGAAGAAGAAGUAAGCCGUCUACGAUGCGAAACUUUCGACAUCGAGCAGGUGCUGCAACACGGGGCGCACUUGAUGGGCUCAGAAGGACGCGAGUACGAGCUCGACGAGGAAGCCAUGGGUCCAGGAGAUAUUAAAGAGCGGUUGGCCAAGCAACGGCAGCAGCUAAACGCCAGACUAGGUCUCGACGUAGCGUCGAAAUUGGGCAUGGACUUAACAUCCAUGUACACCAAUGAAGACCUUUGCCCCGUCAAGGUUCAGAUCAAGACUGAGGCUCCCAGAAGACCUGUCCAGGAGCUAGUCCCUAUUGCAUCAAAACAGCUCAGCUCGCGAGAGAUGAACCUCGCGAAACGCAAGGCGCGUCACGCCGCGUUAUGCAAGCAGAAGUCCAGGGACUGCAGCGAAGAUGGAUCCUCAGCGCCACCCACACCCCCUGCAGAACCUGAUCGAAAGAAGAUCAAACUAGAACCCACUGAGGAGUUUCAGUUGACAUCAAACUCGAAAGUCGAAACAUCAGCACCAGUACCAGACUGCUCAGGUGCAUGGGGUGAGUCCCAUCGUUGGCCGUUAGAUGGCUGGUGCACAGCGUUGCAAGCGCAGAUGUUCGGUGCGGCAUGGGAGGCGAGACACGGUGCUGCUAGCGCAUUGAGAGAAUUGCUACGAGCCAAGAUAGCUGCCUCUGCUGGGUUACAUGCUAGCAUGACCGAUCAACAGAUGGAAGAUGCACAUCAAGAAUGGCUGGAGGAUAUGGCACUUCGAUUGCUCUGUGUCCUUGCCCUUGAUCGGUUUGGAGAUUUUGUAUCCGAUCAGGUAGUGGCUCCAGUGCGCGAAACGUGCGCCCAGACGUUGGGAGUUGCAUUGGCACAGAUGAGAGCGGAGCGCGUGCGCAAAGUGGCCGACUUAUUAUCGGCGCUAGCGAAGCAACCGCAGUGGGAGGCACGCCACGGAGCCUUACUGGGGUUCAAGUACCUGCUUGCUGCUAGACAGGAAGUAGCGUGCGAAAGUGGAGCACUAGAACACCUGAUCAACGGCCUAGCUGAUUGCGCGGAAGAUGUGUCGGCGGUGGCGGCCGGCGCACUGGCACCCGCCGCCGCCGCGCUUGCUGAAGCGCGCCCGCAGACGCUGCCGCACGUCGUCGCUAGGUUGUGGCAGUUGCUACACGAACAAGACGAUUUGGCUGCACCAGCUAAUUCAUACAUGGCCUUGUUAGCCUCCCUUAUGGCGCUGCCACAGGCUGCUAAGCUUUUGCACCCCAUCGAUCUUUCAAAUGUACUUCCUCGUCUAUGGCCGUACCUCGAUCAUUCCACAAGCUCCGUUCGGAAAGCGACUCUACAAACAUUGCGAACACUAACACGCCCUCUGGUGACCAGUGUUAAAGUCAAUGGUGAAACAAACGGGUCUAGUGAUGCUAAUAACAGUGAAGUGAAAAGUAAUGAAGCUAAAAAUAAUGAAGUGAAAAGUGAUAUUAAGGGCAGUGAAAAUGGUGAAAUGGACAGAUACUUAAAUUGGACACCCGAGUUGCUGCAGGAAGCUAUGGGACAUGUUUAUCAGCGAGUACUGUUUGAACAUGUCCACGACAUUCAGGAGAUUGCUAUACAGGUGUGGGAGAACUUUUUAAAGCACGCUCCACUAUCGACAAUACUGGUUUCGGCUUGUCCGCUGCUGGCCACGUGGCUAUGUCUCGCCAUGCAGCCUGCGAGGCUCUACGUCGAUCCGGUUUUGUUGGUGCACCCACCACCUAAGGAGAAACGGACAAAGACGAAUUCCCAAUCCGAAGGCGAGUUGCCGGCUGAAGUUCGUCCGAGCCAGAAAUGGUACGUGGGGGGCAGCGAGUCCCUGCCCAGUGCAGUGCGGGACAGAAAUGUGAUGCGCGCACGCUGCUUGGCGGCUGACAUAUUAGGUUAUCUAUCGUGCUAUGUCGUCCAGGCAGCGCCAGGUAUAGAGUAUAAAGCGGAAGACGAGAGCCCCAUAGAGUGCUACGUGAAAGUUAUGGUGGUAUAUAUACGAGCUGGCAGCGCUUUGCAGCGACUCGUGGCGAGUUUGGUCGUAUCGUCCUGGGCCAGGCAUACGAAGACAAAGCGGCUUUAUCCGCCGCAUAUACAUCCUAGAGAGGAUUCAAAGGAAGGAAAAGAAGACAUUACAAAACUUGCGCCACCGUUGUUGAGGACAGCGUUGCACAAUGCCCUAAAUCAGGCUCUGUACUACGACGAAGUUGCACUGACUUGCAACAGAAUACUCCAGGAAGCUCGUGAUCUCCACGCUUUGAUGAAGCAUUACAAACUCUCCGUAGAUGGCGAAGAGUUCAACAACAUAUUACGCCUGGAGCAGGUCCUACAUCUAACCAACGUCACGCAGCCGAUGAUAGCUGCCAUGAAGUCAAAACGGGUCGCUCAAACCCUCGAAGAGAGGCGACGGAGCCUGCAGUCUGCUGUCAAUCAGUGUUCUACUGAACAGAACACUCUUAAUGUCUCGGUUCAAGCAGCAUUAGCAGGCGCCUGUGCCAACCUUCAUUCCCUCCCCGAAAAACUGAAUCCCGUCGUGCGACCCCUCAUGGAGAGUAUCAAGAAAGAAUCAUCCGAAGAGCUUCAAGCACACUCUGCAAAUACUUUAGCAGCAUUGCUGGCUCAGCUGUCGGGGAGGGACCCCAGUCCGAAUAACAAAGUCCUUGUUAAUUUGAAGGCGUUCCUCAGGUGCGACCCGGACUUCACCCCGCGCAUAUGUUUAGAGAGCGCGGAGGAGAACGGGGAGUCGGCCAGCGACAGCGGCACCGAGAGCAACGCCAGCGCACACGUUAGCCACGGCCCUGCCUUGGACAAGUACAACGGUAUCUUAACACUUCGCGAGCAGCAGCUGGCAGCUGAGCGCGGCGCGCCCCGCCGCGGCCGCCCUCCUUCCACACCGCACCAUCUCGCCACUCUCGACGCUCUCUUCGCGCAAGAAGACGAGUCCCGCAAACUAUUGCGCAUUCAACGACGCGGCGCGACUCUCGCCUUGACCAGCCUUACGGAGUACUUCGGUGACAAGUUACCGCAGGAGUUACCCAAACUUUGGGAGUUUAUCACCCAGCCCUUCGAGAAAGUUAUGACUGACAGUGAAUUAGAAACGAUGGAAAUAGAGCCGGCCGAAGAGCUGAUCUCCCGCCUGCAAGUGUUCGAAGUGGUGUGUCCGCACAUCGCGCGGGGCGCGUGGGCGCUGGUGGCGGGCGCGGGGUGUGCGUGCGCCGUGCUCACGCGCAGCGCCUACACCGGCGUGCGGCACAUGGCCGCGCGCGCGCUCGCCGCCAUGGCGGCACGGGACCCUGUCGCCUUGAUGCAGACGGUCAUCGACGAGGUAUCAGUCACAAACUUUUCUAACGUCUCUAGAAGUUUUAGAUCUUACCUUACCUAUUUACAUCGCCGGAUGAGCGAUCACUGCGAAGCCGUCCGCGUGAUGUCCACCCGUUGUUUCGCGUCGCUUAUCCAACUGAUGCCCCUCGAUGGCGCUAUUCCCGAGCCAGCCGGUCUCUCAGCAGAGAUGAGAGCACGAAGAGCUAAGGACAAACAUUUCCUCGAGCAGCUUUUCAACCCAAAAUCGAUUAAGGAUUAUAAGAUUCCUGUGCCUGUCUCUGCUGAGCUUCGAAGUUAUCAACAGGCGGGCGUGAACUGGCUGCGUUUUCUUAACGAGUACAAGCUCCACGGCGUGCUUUGCGACGAUAUGGGUCUCGGCAAGACGCUGCAAAGCAUCGUCGUGAUGGCUGGCUCGCACUGGGAGAGGGCUCAACAACGGUUACCCAAUUUACCCUCGCUUGUUGUCUGCCCGCCUACGUUGACUGGUCACUGGGUGUUCGAAGUGAAUAAAUUCAUUCCCACAAAACUGUUAAAACCGCUUCAAUACGUCGGCCCACCUGUGGAACGCGACCGAUUACGUCUGCAAGUGAAAUACCACAACCUGAUCGUCGCGUCAUACGAUAUCGUGAGGAAGGACAUUGACUUCUUCAGCCGUAUCAAAUGGAACUACUGCGUGUUGGAUGAAGGACAUGUCAUUAAGAACGGGAAGACAAAAGCUUUUAAAGCUAUCAAGCAGUUAGUCGCCAAUCAUAGAUUGAUAUUGUCCGGAACGCCAAUACAGAACAACGUACUGGAGCUGUGGUCGCUGUUCGACUUCCUAAUGCCGGGCCUGCUGGGCACGGAGCGGCAGUUUACGGCGCGCUACUCGCGGCCCAUCCUCGCGGCGCGCGACGCCAAGGCCACGCCGCACCAGCUGCAGGCCGGCGCACUGGCCUGCGAGGCCCUGCACAGACAGGUCCUACCGUUUCUCCUGCGCCGAGUGAAGGAAGACGUCCUCAAAGAACUACCGCCGAAAAUAACUCAAGACUACUACUGCGACCUUAGCCCUCUUCAACGGCGUCUAUACGAGCACUUUUCGCGCGAGCAUAUGCCUCAUGACAUCAACACGUCCAGUCAUACGCACGUCUUCCAGGCGCUCCACUACCUGCAGAACGUGUGCAAUCAUCCCAAGCUGGUGCUGACCCAUGACCACCCCGAAGCCGCCAAGGUGCACCAACUUCUCGUUGCGCAGAACUCCAAUCUCGACGACAUCGAGCAUUCGGCUAAACUGCCCGCUUUGAAACAACUCCUCUUAGACUGCGGCAUAGGCACGACAAACGAAAACGCCGAAGCGGAAGUGAUAGUGUCUCAACACCGCGCAUUGGUCUUCUGCCAGCUUAAGAAAAUGCUUGACAUCGUCGAGAAAGACUUGCUGAAGAAACAUUUACCCUGCGUUACUUAUUUGCGCCUCGACGGAAGUGUGCCGCCACAUCAGAGGCAUGAAAUCGUGACACGAUUCAAUACAGAUGUUUCCAUUGAUCUGUUAUUAUUGACUACUCAGGUUGGCGGUCUCGGUCUGAAUUUAACAGGCGCGGAUACGGUCAUCUUCGUGGAGCACGACUGGAAUCCGAUGAAGGAUCUGCAGGCGAUGGAUCGCGCACACCGCAUUGGACAGAAGAAGGUCGUCAACGUCUACCGCCUUGUCACCAGGGACACGCUGGAGGAGAAGAUAAUGGGAUUACAAAAAUUCAAGCUCCUAACAGCGAACACAGUGAUAAGUAGCGAGAACGCUGCAAUGGAGACGAUGGGCACUGAACAGCUCCUAGAUCUGUUCCAACUGUCUAGCGGGCAGUCUCAACCGCAGCCGGGACCUUCUACCGGCAAAUCGGUACUCGACGCUUUACCCGACCUGUGGGAUGACAAGCAAUACGAGGAGGAAUAUGAUAUGACUAAUUUUAUAAAAGGAUUGAACAAGAUGAAUCCUUAGAAACACACAACUGUGACAUCGGCCUACCAAGGUUACCGGAAAUACAUACGUACCAUCACGCCUGUCUCACUGGAGUAGGUGGAGAUCAUAAACCUCUCGCUACGCUCCCGUCAAACCUCUUUUACCUCCUCCACUGGCAUAAGCUCCCUCACACAUACCCUUUUAUUCUUGGUACUUUGUGAUCUCGCCGUACGUAUCUCGAUCAGAUUGGGAAUAUUCUGAAAAGGCCAGUUUAAAAAUACAGGAAAUAAAGCAUGAUCGGCACAGUAACUGGUAUAAUACAUGAAUAGGGAGUGUCCAGUGAAUAGUGAAUUAUAGUAAAUAGGCUAUUUAACAGUGAGUAUGUAUUGCACAGGUACAAUCAUCGUCUUCAGGUGAAAUCGCAGACAAACGUAAACGGAAGUAAUUUUUUUUAUAUCCAAUUCCAAACGAGUUAUAAAACAUUUUCUUAGAUCGUUGAUUUUGGUCUAAAUGUUCGCUCUGAAUGCAGUGCAAAAAGCAAAACUUAUUUUGCUUUGAUGUUUAUUUAAAUCGUACGGUAAAUAUUAUAUGUAAUUCCUUAAUAUAAGAAACUAAUUAUCUUUCGUAGGAUCACAGUUUUUGUAAUUCUCUAAAAAAAUUAUUUUGUCAAAAUUAGGAUACAGUUGGCCCUUUUCUAUGAAAAUAUACGUGCUCCCGACUCGACUCUCGUCAUUCGGAUCUAGAUCGUUAUCUACUGAAUGUAAUUGGCUAAUUUACCUAAUCAAAGUCCGUUUGUACGUAGUGUGGGACUGUAAUCUUAAAUAUCAUUCACUAUAUACCGGACAGGGCACCCUGUAUAUUUAGUACUUCUCAAUCUAGUAACAGAGAAAUUUUGUUAAAAAGCAAUUUUCUACCGACAGCUUUACACUGUUGCCUUAGAAUUAACCAUUGGCAAUUAUUAGAACAAUAACAAUUGAAUUAAGUAUAGUAGGUAUUUGGUAAGUAGUGUGCGAUAUAAGAGGCUUUGGAAGAAAAUAUGAAUAAAUUAUUUACAAAUCUAUUUAUUCUUCUCCUUCUGUAAAGUAAUGCCUGUCAUUAAAUGACGCAUUUUAAAGAUUACAAAUACACUUAUCAAAAUUUAAUCAAUUUGACACUUUGUUAUGAUAUAAUUACAAAUAGCACCCUUUCUGUAAUAAGGCCACAUCUGCAAAAUUACAGCUUUUCAGGAAAGGUUUAUAGAGUCUAUGAACGAAAUUAAUCGAUGACUUUUAUGCUUUAAUAGAAGCGUUAUAAAAUUUCACAUACACAAUUUCUUUUCAUGUUAUACUCCGCCCAACCAUUUAUUCAACAAUUUGACAGCUCGAAUUCUAAUCAAUUAGUGAUGUCCUAAUGCGUUUCCGAUUCGAUUUUUUUAUAACAAUCGAUAUUUUUUAGUUAACUCGUGAAUGUGAGGGGGUUCAAGAAAGAAGAUAUUGUCUGAUUGUGAUGUUGCGUUUGACAAUUUCUGUACUCAAGAAUUAAUGUUAAUGUUGAUUCAAUUUAAGUGACAAUUCCCGUUCAUAUGGAGAAGAAUCCGACGAUUCAUUUAUAAUAAACAAUAAACGUUUAUUAAUCUUCGCUACAUAAUCUGUUGGCUCGGCAAAUAUCGGAUCUAAAGAGCAUGUCGCUUCAUUAAAAUUAAAAAAAUAAAAGUCCAGGAAGUAUUUUUUUUUGUCUAUGGUUGUAUGUCAAUAAUUACGGAACUUCGGAUGCAUGCAAAUGUCAAACGUUAAAGAAAUGGUUGGACGCAUGUGACUUACAUGUUAUACAAGCACUUGUGACGUAUGAUUACAUGUGGCUUUAUUAUACCAAAAGUAUGAAAUAUCUCCCAAACUACAGUAUGUCAUUUCUAUCAUUAUAAUUAUAACUUUUUUAUUAAAAUAAAAACCGACCUUAACAUUUCGUGGAAUUCAAGUUUUAUUGAAAUCGGUUACCGGAAAGUGCGCGAAACCGAAAAAUU